AUGAAUAACACAAACACAAUUGUGUAUGUGAAAGUAAGAGGGAAAAAACCUGCAGGUUUUAUAGAUCCACCAAACUUUGUAUGGGAUCAAAAUAAGGAGAAGAAAUUGUGGAGCAUUAUCUCCAAGUUAGAUUCUCAGAGAAAUGAGAUUGAUUGGAAACUAAUAUCAGAAACGCUGAAUGCACCUGAUUAUUUUCUAAAGAAGAGAAGUUAUAAACUAUUUGCUAAACAUUUGGAACUCUUACAAAAACAAAUUGAUAGAAAGGAGUUAGAAGAUGGGAGUAGUAAUGGAGAUUUACAAAAGCUACCCAAUUACAUAUCUAGUCUGGAGGAAGAUAAGAAAACAAUUGUGAGUACAAAUGCUACAGAUAAUAAUGAUCAAAUAAAUAAUAUACCCGAGAAUAAAGAACAUGACGAUGAAAAUGUCCUGGAGCAGCUACAAGCAUCCAAAAUUAUGGGGUUUAAAAGACCAUCAAGCUCAGCUAAAGAUGAUAAUAACGGUAGUGAUAGUGAAAUAUCUUCGAAUCUAAGUGUAAGCAAGUCUGCCCUGGAGGAAGCCCUAAUGGAUAAGUUGCAUUUCUAA